CCCGGCCCGCGGCAGCCGCGGAACACCCGGGCGGGCGGGGAAGGCGGAGGGGCCGGGAGCAGGCCUCGCUCAUGCCGAGGAACGACGCGAAGCUCCCGGAGAGCCCGCGGCCCAGCGCCGUCCGUGGGGGCCUCUCCCUGACGACAGCGGAAGCCGCGCGGCGGGGCCGGGCCGAGGGCUGCGGGCAGAGGCGGUGCGGCCCCACCCGUCCGCGGCGGUACCCUGCGCGGCCCGGCCCAGCCCGCACCCGCCUGGGGCGGCCACUUCGCACCGCGCUGCUGUGAGCGAGCCAGCGAGACGCGACGCCGGCAUGUCCGCGCCCUGCUGCGCCGGCCAGUUGGCCUGCUGCUGUGGUACCGCGGCUUGUUCCUUGUGCUGCAAAUGCUGCCCCAAGAUAAAACAGUCAACAAGCACCCGCUUCAUGUAUGCACUUUACUUCAUCCUGGUGACUAUUAUCUGCUGUGUCAUGAUGUCAACGACAGUAGCUAAUGAAAUGAAAACACACUUUCCCUUCUAUGAGCAGAUGUGCAAAGGCAUUCAGGCGGGUGAGAUGUGUGAGAAGUUGGUAGGAUACUCUGCGGUGUACAAAGUCUGUUUUGGAAUGGCCUGUUUCUUCUUUUUCUUCUGCUUGUUUACCAUCAAAAUUAACAACAGCAAAAGCUGCCGAGCAUAUGUUCAUAAUGGAUUCUGGUUUUUAAAGCUUCUACUUCUGGCAGCAAUGUGCUCAGGAGCUUUCUUCAUUCCUGAUCAGGACACUUUCCUCAAUGCCUGGCGCUAUGUAGGAGCAGCAGGAGGUUUCCUUUUCAUUGCCAUUCAGCUCAUCCUGCUUGUUGAGUUUGCACACAAAUGGAAUAAAAACUGGACUGCAAGUGCGAAUCACAAGCAGAUGUGGAGUGGUUUGCUCGCCCUGGUCACUCUCAUCUUGUACUCUGUUGCUGUGGCAGCCCUGGUCCUCAUGGCUCUUUUCUACACGCGUUCAGAGGGCUGCUUGUCUAACAAGAUCCUGAUUGGUGUCAAUGGUGGCCUGUGCCUCUUUGUGUCACUGGUAGCCGUAUCACCCUGUGUCCAGAAUCGCCAGCCCCAUUCUGGUUUGCUGCAGUCAGGAGUUAUCAGCUGCUAUGUCAUGUACCUCACUUUCUCAGCGCUAUCCAGCAAGCCACCAGAAACCAUCCUGGAUGAAAACAAUCAGAACAUCACAAUCUGUGUGCCUGAAUUUAGCCAAGGCCUUCAUGGAGAUGAAAACCUGGUUACAGGCCUGGGUACUACCAUUCUCUUUGGCUGUAUUCUAUAUUCAUGUUUGACCUCAACAACACGUGCAAGCUCUGAGACGUUGAGGGGAAUAUAUGCAUCACCUGAAACCGAAGUAGCUCGUUGCUGCUUUUGCUGUGCACUUGAUGGAGAUGCUGAUGCUGAGGAGCAUGUUGAAAAAAGGGGGGGCCAGACCGUGAUUUAUGAUGAAAAGAAAGGCACAGUGUACAGCUAUACCUUCUUCCACUUUGUUUUCUUCCUGGCUUCACUCUACGUAAUGAUGACAGUAACUCAUUGGUUCCACUAUGAAAGUGCUCAGAUUGAAAAAUUCUUCACUGGAACCUGGUCCAUCUUCUGGAUUAAGAUGGUCUCCUGUUGGUUUUGUGUCUUUCUCUAUUUAUGGACUCUUGUUGCUCCACUCUGUUGCCCAACCAGGCAGUUCUCAGUGUGAUCACUCAGAAGGACCUUCUGAGUGUUUUAUCUUUUUCUUUUUUUUCCUGUUACAAAUAAGGUUCAGUGGUCACUUUGUAAUGAGGAAACACCCACUGCCUCAUUAUCAUAAUAUACCAGGUAGUAGCUUUUUAGUUAGACUAAAAUGAUUGAAAACUUUUUUUUUUAAACUCUUUAAUUGUCAGCAAAUGUUGUCCAAGGGGAUGAAUCUGUUCCAAAACUUUUUAAGACUGAUGCGUAUAGUGUAAAGAAAAUGGUUGUUUCAUUAACAGGAAUAAGUGAAAUGCUUUUGGAAUAACUGACAAUCUUUCUCUGACUUUAUUGGCAAGAGAAUUAAAAAAAGUGGUGCAGAUAUCAAACAUUCACAGAAGAUGUAUCUUCUAGCAAAAUGCAUUUCUUUUUAUAAUCUUUUAUUAACCACGUCUUUUGCAACGAUGAUGUGAACUGCUGUUUUGUACAGCCUGUAAUUCUUCUAAGUAGUACCCAAUUCACUUUUUCUAGAAACAUACCUGAAUACUGAUUUAGAAAUAGAGAAUAUACAAAAAUUUGACUGCCAAAACAUCUAAAAAUUGUUUAAAUAUAUUAUAAAUUAUUAUAUUACCUAGAUUGAGAAAGCAGUCUACGAUUGAGAAUAUUUAUCCUAUUGUAACUUAAACAGGCAUCUGAAUGUUUUAUGCAAUUCAGAACUGAUGCAGUUAUUAACAGAGUGGAGUUCUACACACACAGAUUCUUGAGCUCUGAAUUUUGAUUAAUUUUGCUUUGCCAGAUUAAGAUUAGUGUCUGCAAGUUUUGUGUACUGUACAAGGAUUUAAGAUACGGUACAAUCUUUAUUCAAAAUGUUUUCUGCUGAGGAAAUGUUAAUCACAAGAGCACUGCCAGUUGCUGUUAAUGGUCAGCGUGGAAUGCUCAGUUACUUUUCUGCCCUGCUGACUCAGUUUGUGUCUAAGGAUCUCCCAGGAUCUUCAGUUCUGUUUCUGUUACUGAUUUGAAAAUACAGCGUUAGUAAGAAAAAGGACUGCAGUCAUCCUCCUUUUCUGCCUCUGUUGUUUGGAAGCGUUCUUCCUAACUGCUGUGCUUUUAUACUUCUCUGCUGGCAUUAGUUUUGUUGUUGUAGUGGGAGGUAGCCGACCGAUCCGUUAGUGGGAGUGGAACUUCUUUUGGAGUGCUCCUAUUUCCAGCAGCGGGAUAAGGAGUCAGGAAAACAAAAGCAGAAAGCACAAAUCUGACAGCAGCUGCCAUAGUACAAAUGACUGACUUGACAGUAUACAGCCCUACAUACAGCCCUAUAUAAUUUUUUUCUUUUUUUUUUCUUUUUUUUUUUUUUUCUUCUAGCAAACAGUUUGGUGGUUGGACAACAGCUCUAAUGCUCCAAGCACUGAAUAAGGUUGAACCUACUUAAAUUAUCUACUUACCAGUGGGAAAAACUUACAACUGAAAGUUACCCCCAAGGGUUUUUCCUUCUCUCUUUCUGUGUGUACGUGUAUCCGUAUACGUAUAUACACACAACGUGAAGUGUGCAGGUUAUAAACCAAAACAGCCUAUUUAGCAGGUGUAGGGUGUUUUGUUUUGUUUUCUUUAUUUGAAAAUGUGAUUGAGCCUUAAGUGCUCACCCAGUGCUUUCUACAAAACAGAAGCACAACACAGUGGCCAGUGAGGUGGCCAAAAUAUUUAUAUGCCUUAUUUGUUCUGUUGCAAUAACUGAUAGCUAAGGCACACCUGGUGAGUGAUCCUAAUAUAACACUUCUCGGUUCUGCUCUUGUUCUGUUCACCAUUUUUAGCUGUCUUGUUGCUGUGGUAUCCUAGGGCUUCUGUCCUUCUUGCAAUUUGCUAGUGGUGUUAUCUUCCCAAAUCCUUACACUCUUACCUCAAGCAAAAUCCACAGGCAUGGAUGUCCUGGACCUACUGCAGUGACUAGGAGCCUCAAAAUACCUCUUGUAUGAAGACUGAGGGAAGGAGGAAUCUCUAAUAGCUCCAGCGCUCUAAAAACUGUUGGCCUGUUUUUGUCAUUCCUUUUGCUUCUGCUAGGAGAUUCUGGUCUUGUUAAGAGCUCUGUUAGCAGGGGGCCCAUACGCUGGUCUGCGUUUGCAAUCCAGCAAAGCAGAUCUUUUUGCAGUAGAAAGGCAUUUGUUAUUGCAUUUGCAAUCAGGAAGCAUUUAGUUGUGCCAUCUUUAAGAUAAGAGCUUAUGGACUGUGCAGUAAUGAAUAUUGUCUCACCUUACUAGUAGCAGCUAUUCUGACAAAAACCGUUUUGAUCCAGAAUUUCAACUGUGAUGUGCAACUGAGAUAGUCCAGCCCUUCAGUCUCCCUUGGCAAAUGUGAAUGCUGUUCUCUAAUGUAGAGAGGCUCAUAGGAGUUGCCUUCUAGUGUCAGUUAUGUUGUAGCAUGAGAAAACAAACCUAUUUUAUUAAAGUUAGCAACGUUAUUUCUAGCAGAACAAUCUGGGCAAGAAGCUCUACAGAAGAAGGCAUUUAGUAUGUCAAGUUGUAAGUCAGUGAAUGGCAGCUGUUCUCUGAAUCUGAUAAAAGGCAUCUCAGUCACAAAUUUGGUGGAUUUUAAUACAUAUCUUGGCCAACAGGUAUUCUUAUUUGCUUAUAAAAAUGCUUUUUUUAUGUGGGUAGUAUCUGCCUACAUAAAGACUUGAUGCACCUCCUUGUGCACACUUUUUAUAACUUGUAUUUAGGGAAAUAGUUUUUGCACAGAGGAAACAGGGUUGUAUCCACAAUGAGGCCCGAGUCCAUUCUUCUUAAACAGAUUGGCCUUGCUGAGUUAUUCCUUCCCCUUCCCCUUCCACAGCUAUUGACUUUACAUGGCUGUGGGUAUACAGAGGGUGGAGCAGCACAGUGCCAGACUGUGCUGUUCUGUCUGCAUCUGAGCAAGCCGUGUGGGGAGAAGACCCUGGAAAUAAUUUUGAAGACCUGCCUGUCUAUUCUGAGACCCCAGAUCUGACUGUGGGUCUCCAAGCCUUUCUAAGGAAUUAAUAAUUGCUGGCACCUCAGUGCACAAAGCCUCAGUGAGGCAUGGCCUCCUGCUGGCCAGGCAAAGAUUUCAGCCUUAGCAUUUGUUGUGAAAUCUGUACUGUGAACUUUCCGCACACAACUACUUAGUAAAAAUCCUGGGCUAGGAUCUAAGAUUCAAAUGCCCGAAUCAUUGAUUGCAAACAGUUCACAGAGAUGGGCUUUUAGAAUCUUUUCAACAAGUGCCUUCAGACCUACUGCCAUGAGAGCAGUGGCACUGGAACUGGAAAACCUAAACUGAGCCUGCAACGCGGUGCUGCUGCCUUCACCGCUGCAUACAAGGCGCAUUGAUGCCUGUGGUGCAUGUGUAAGACCAAAUAACCUGUGCCUGGCCAGCUGCUGGGGUGAGACUGAUGUGGGGUGUUACAGUGCAGUGGAAGAUGAACUGGGAAAACUCAUGGGUAGUCCCAAAAGGCUAUUACUUGCACUGUAAGCAGCUGGACAUCCUCUCCCUGUGCCCAAAAGGGCUGCACUGCUUGAGGCAGUCAGCAGUGCAGUGUCCCUCCGGCACCAAGGCUCUCCUUGCGCCACAGCUAUUCUUUGAGUCUGUUCCCAGACAAAAGACAGCAUUACAGCAUUUCUGGUUCCUGGUAUUUUUGAGCUGUGUAAAGUGAGGAAGCUGCUGUUUUAAAGACAGGAAGAUGGGAGGCUCUGCUACUUUUCCUCUACUUAAGCUUGAAUUUGAGCUAGUGUCAUUGUUCAGGGGACUCUUAGAGCAACAGUCCACGCUGGCAGAAGUUAGUUCUGCUAGUAAAAUGGAACAGCGUAUUGGUGUUUUCCUACUUGUUAAAAUUGCCACCAGAACAAGGGUUACUUGGAACCUCACUGCUGCCUGCGUCUGGAGCCAUUUUUCUCGUGAAAGCGACCAAGAGCUGAAACAAUGAUGGCUGCUUCUUAUUUGGGGAUAAAACCAGUGGCAUGGACUCAGAGAACAAGUCUGUGAAUCCAAAUACUGGACUAACAAAUGAGACCACAAAACCUUAUGAAGAACAUACGGAAAGCAGAUGGACGUGUUUGCUGUUUACCACCUUGUUCCUCCAAGCGCGCAGGCUGCCCUUGCAGCUGGAAGCUGAGUAAGGAACUUCACUGUGCUCACAAAUCAGUUAUGCGUUUCUGAUGCUUCUACCUUCAUACUUCAAGCAUUUCCAUGAGGGUCAAAAAGCUUGUACUUGCCCUGCUAUUCUGAGAAAUCCUAGCUGGGUUUGGGCCACUUUUGUCUGAAACGGGUAAUUCGGUGUUGCUAGUGCACGCAUAGUCCAGAGAGAGGGCUUAUCCCUCACAGAAUCAUAAAAGCUGCAUGUCUAUUUAUUUAUUUAUUUUGUGUUUUAGCACCUUUUUACGAGUCUUGAAGCGCUUUGACAGUAUAAGCUAUGUACCUGUAACAGCUUCACCAGCCGCUUGCACAGCCAUUUCUGGGCUAGAGCAUGGCUAUGGAUCAAGCAACUGUUACACUUGAAGAGAGAGAGAGAGAGAGAGAGAGAGAAAAGUCUGUUUCCUAACAAUUCUCUAGUUUUGACCAAUGCAUAAGGGAAAUUUAGGAACUCAAGAUUCCGCUGCUUUAGCUUUGGCGAGCAGCCUGCAGUGUCAUGGAGAUCUCUGAAAAAACUGGCAACAAAAUAAUCCACUGGUGGGCUUUAAAACACGCUAUGAAGAGUUUAUGCUAUGGACUAUUACACUUUUCUCUUAAAUGCAUUGGUGAUGCAAAAAAAAAUUGCAAGAUUGUACAUACGUGGCUAAAUGAUCAAGAUUAUUUGCAGCUAAAAUUUUGUUCUUGUCUUUCUGUGGGCUUUAGAAGCAGUCUGUUCUCUGUGCAGGCUGUAUCCUCUCAUUUUCUUUACCUUUUUCUCUUUGAGUUUGUUUUCUGAAAGCACUGCAAGCCUGCAUAACUCCCGUCCUGCUGCCUGCCAUGGCAAUAUCACUGGUCCUAGAAACUGACAGACUUCUUCUCCAGGUCUUGUUGAUUCCUGCCUGUCUGUAAGAGCAGAGCUGCAGUGCUGAAGCAAAGUUGAGGAUUGUAGCUUUGUGUAUGGAUCAGGUUUCCGGUAUGGAAAAUGCAUCUUUGUUUUCCUGAGGUGUCCUGCAAGUUCUUGUGGGAGGAAAACACAUAAUCAGCACAGUGAAACUUUACUUUGUGUUUUCAGUUUUAUAAACAGUAAUUUGAACUCAGUGUUUCAUAUGACCGUACAAGGGAAUGCCAGGGGUCAAGUGCUUGGAAAGCUGUGGUUCUUUGUACCCUUAGCAGGACACGUAGCCUGGGAAUGGCUGCAGCUGCAUUUCCAGCAUCCCGGGGGCAGAAGGCGUGGUGCGGGAGGGGAUGCAGGCACGCAGCACCGUGCCUGGUGCAGCCACCUUGGGCUCUGUGUCGGGAGGCUGCCAGGUCGCGGUGGUGGCCUUCUAGUGCCAGGAGACGCUGUGGGUUUCAAGCAGGCCACAAAUCCAUUUGUUCUGUUUUGUUUUUCCCAGUCCUGCUGUAGAAUCAUUCCAUAUCUGUUCGGUAAUACUUUUUCUUAAGAACGUCAGAUUUUGUUUUCAAACGCAAACCACAUUGACUUCCCCCGUUUGCCAUCCUCCGAUAGCUCCCACUGCUGCAGUGCAGCCGCCUGCGCAGACUUCAGAGGGGCUGCAGCUGAGCCCUGCGUGGCUCCAGCUGCGCCAGUCCGAGCUGGGGUGCAGCACUUGGGCUGCCUUUUUGCCAAAGAAGUCUCAGUCCGAAGCCAAGGAAAAUUUUGGAAAGCUACGGGAAAAUAAUGUUCUGUUACGCAUACCUUAGCUUUAUUUUUCCUCUUAUUGAUGCUUGUCCAGGUGCUUAGGUGUAGUUGGGCAUCCGUGCAGUCUUAAAGCAGGGAAAAUUGAUGUUCAGAGAAAAAUCUUCAACUUGUCCUAUACAAGCUGAGUAAAUACUUACAAGGAACAUAUGGUUUGUUGUGUGCUUUUUAUUUACCAGAAAUGGUGUUUAGUCAUGCCAUGUUUGAGAACGGGAUGCAAACUAGGCAAAACGUAAACACUUUUUCUUAAUGGUGAGGGGGUUUUAGUCCUUUUCUUAAUAUCUCAAGGGAACUUUUCAGUGUGUUUGUGUGGUUUAGUUUUACUAGUCUAUAGCCCAGUGAAGUGGAGAUUUGCUAGUUUUAUUUAACAUUUUUGUGAGAGUUGUGAUCUGUAAUAACUGUAACACUUUGACUUUUAGGGAUUGGUAACGGCUUCAGAAUUCUAAGAACUUAACUGAAAAUAGCCUCGUCUUUUUACAGCAUGUUAAUGGUUUUUAUGGACACUUCCUUUUGUAUACUGAGUGAAUGUACUGUUAUAGGUUUAAUGUUUAAUGGACCAAUAAAGUUUUUCAUACGUAUGAA